AGCACAUCGACAGCAGUCUCGCGUUACUGUUCCGGGAGUCUUGGCUGAUGCUGUGGAGCGCGGGUCUCCACGGCGGUAACUAACUGGGCGUUUCCGUUGCCGGCGUUUCGCGGCAGGAGCCAUAUAGUGAAGACAAUGUCUGGAAGCUACUACUUUGUAAUUGUUGGCCACCAUGAUAAUCCAGUUUUUGAAAUGGAGUUUUUGCCAGCUGGGAAAGCAGAAUCUAAAGAUGACCAUCGUCAUCUAAACCAAUUCAUAGCUCAUGCUGCUCUCGACCUUGUAGACGAGAACAUGUGGCUGUCGAACAACAUGUACUUGAAAACUGUGGACAAGUUCAAUGAGUGGUUUGUGUCUGCAUUUGUCACUGCAGGACAUAUGAGAUUUAUUAUGCUUCAUGAUGUAAGGCAAGAAGAUGGAAUAAAGAACUUCUUUACUGAUGUCUACGACUUAUAUAUAAAGUUUGCAAUGAAUCCAUUUUAUGAACCGAAUUCUCCUAUUCGAUCAAGCGCAUUUGACAGAAAAGUUCAGUUUCUUGGGAAGAAACACCUUUUAAGCUGAAUUCAGAUAAAUUCCAAAAUAAUUCAAUGUCACCACAAUGGAGUAUACUCAGGAAUGUGUACAUUGUUUGUAACUUGAUUAAAUAGCCUGGAAAACCUGUA